CUUCAGUCAGGCCUGUAAAACUGAAAGGUUUGGUUUGGUUGGUAACGAAAAAUGAAAGUAAUCGUUUUUAUGCAAAAUAGUAAGAAAUGAUACGAUUUGAUAUAAUUAAAUAUAUUCGGGACUGGUGGAGACAGAAGAAUAAAGAUCAAAAUCAAGAUGACACAAUUGUUAAAGAUAUACUAUCUCCAUUUCCUAAACAAAUUUUGGCUGCUUUGGGACCUUUAUUACUUACAAUCGUAGUAGGAAUGACGUUUGGAUAUUCAGCAGUAUUACUGCCUCAGUUACAGUCAGCUAACUCUAGUAACACUACCAACAGUAUACGUAUUAAUAGAGAAGAAGCAUCUUGGGUAGCUUCAUUGGCAGUAUUGCCUAUGGCACUAGGCACACUAAUCGGGGGAGCCUUUAUACAAAAGUAUGGCAGAAAAAUGACGCACCAAAUAAUGUGCCUUCCUUACUUUGCCGGAUGGAUGGUCAUUUAUUUCGCAUUCAAUCUGGAAAUGAUUCUCGUUGGGCGAUUUCUAACAGGGUUAUGUUCUGGAAUUUUAACACCUGCAACUGGAGUGUAUAUAGGAGAAACCAGCGCUCCAAAGUAUCGAGGAGUUUUAUUGGGUGGUGUUGCCUUAAGUGUUUCUGCUGGCCUUCUCUUAACACACUUAUUAGGCACAUUUCUUACCUGGCAAAUCACUGCACUCAUCACCAGCAUUCUUCCACUGUUAAGCCUAUUUUCGAUGAUAUUUACCCCUGAAUCACCCUCAUGGUUGGCACAAAAAGGAUUCACAACCAGAGCAACGGAAUCAUUCAAAUGGCUUCGAGGAAAUUCAGACGAAGCUACUAAUGAACUAGAGGAAAUGCUAGCUAAACAUAAGGACACUGAAAAUAGUAUUGAAGAAACUGGAUUAAAAGACAUGCUUAAAAGAGAAUUUUUGAAGCCUAUGGGCAUUUUGGUGAUGUUUUUCAUCACUUCGCAGUGGACUGGAGUAAACGCUGUUAAUUUCUAUUCUGUGGCUUUAAUGAAACAAACUAUCGAAGGGGUCAAUGAGUACCUAGCUACUUUUGUAAUUGACUGUAUACGUUUGGUUUCUUCUGUAAUCUCCUGUAUAUUACUCAGAAAAAUUGGCAGACGACCUUUAAUUCUUGCUGGAGGACUUGGUACCAUCCUUUCUCUUUUUACUCUCUCUGGCUAUAUUUACUUUACAAGAUCAUUACACAAUCAAACUUCUUUUUCUCCUCUAAGUAUUAUUCCUAUGGUGUCGUUGAUAGUGUAUAUCUUCUUUGUGACGGCUGGGUUUGUUUCGUUGCCAUGGAACUUACUGGGCGAGCUUCUGCCAUUGAAGUACCGCAGUACCGGAAGUGGAAUUGCUUCUUGUAUCGCUUAUCUGUCAGUGUUUAGUGUGGUGAAAACAAUGCCAGACAUGUUCGCCAUGUUUGGUUCCGAUGGUACUUUUCUAUUGUAUGGUAUUAUGGGUCUAGUUGGAACGAUUUUUAUUUACUUUUGUUUGCCAGAAACCAAAGGCAAAACGUUAAAUGAGAUAGAGGAGUACUUUAAAGGUACUGUAAAAUAAUGAAGAUGAUGACAUAGUUAUAUUUAUUUUUAUUGUGAUUUUUUUUUGUAUAUACGAUUAA